AUGAACUCUUUAAGUAUCAAUGAAAACUCCCAAGCGGGCGAGGGACAUAGCAGCCUCAGACAGAUUUACACCCCAAAGCAAACGCUCUCGGUCAUUGGAAUCGGCGCAGGUGCAUCAGGUCUCCUGUUGGCAUACAAGGUUCAACGUCACUUUGAUGAUUUUACUUUGGAAAUAUUCGAGAAGAACCCAGAAGUAUCUGGGACUUCGUACGAGAACAGAUAUCUAGGAGGCUUCAGCAACAAGUAUGGGCUUGCUGAGUAUGUAAAGCUCUCAAGUGAAGUCAUUGGGGCUCGAUGGGAUGACCAUGAGGCGUUGUGGCAUGUCAAGGUUCAGAACCUUGUCACAAGAGACGCGCUCGAUCGCACAGCCCACGUUCUUGUCAACGCAGGCGGCAUUCUCAACUCGUGGCGGUUCCCUCCAAUCCACAGAAUCCGAAGCUUCAAGGGACUUCUCGUCCACUCGGCUGCAUGGCCUAAGGAAGGCCUUGAACUCGAAGGUAAUACUGUUGGUCUCAUCGGCAACGGCUCAUCUGAGAUCCAGAUUCUGCCUGCCAUCAAGGACAAAGUUGAUAAGCUCGUGACGUUUGUACGAGAAGCAACCUGGGUAGCACCGCCACUCGGCGUUUUCCAAGAUAAAGAGGUCCACCUUGACAUGCGCAAGAAGACUGAGGCUGCUUCUAACAGCAUGUUUGCCAUCUUCCACCGGGGCUCCGAGCAGCAACAAAAUAUGCGCCAGUACAUGGAAAGUCUCAUGCGACAGCGUCUUGAGAACCCCGAGCUUGAGAAGGUGCUGAUUCCGGAGUGGUCCGUCGGGUGCCGCAGGCUAACGCCCGGGACGGACUACCUUGAAUCCCUAAGAGACGAUAAUAUUACCGAAACAACACCAACCGGCAUCGUGUGUAGCGACGGCAAGGGCGAUUACCCGGUCAAUGUCCUCAUCUGCGCCACUGGUUUUAACACGACGUUAAAGCCCCGAUUUCCUGUGCAAGGUGCUCGAGGUUGUAAGCUCGAGAACAUGUGGAGAGAUGAGCCUCGGUUCCAGAAGGAGAACCUUCCAUCUUUCGAAGUUCGUCGCAGUGCAGUCGCCGAAUUUAGUUCGUGGAAAGAUAAAUGGAUGAAGGAUACCAUCUGGUUCGAGUCUUGA